UUGUCUACUCUGAUAAAGUAACAUUUACACACUUCGGAGAUCCGGUUCCGGUUGCCAUUUUUUUUAUCAAUCCAGUAGAUCAAAUCACAUUUCAAAAUGACUGAUGUAGAAAAGAUUUCAAAACCAGACGUUAAAAUCCGUCAGCUGCAGUACACCCCUCGGUAUGAUGCCAGAUUUCCCAACCAGAACAUGAACAAGAUGUGCUGGCAAUACUAUGUAGAUUACCACCGCUGCGUUAGGAAAAUGGGAGAGGACUACGAUGGAUGCAUGUACUUCAAAAUGGGUUACUCAACCCUCUGUCCCUCUGAAUGGACUGAGCAAUGGGAUGCACAACAGGAGAAGGGAUUUUUUGCAUGUCGUAUCAUGGAUAAAUAGCAAGUGGCAGAAUGUGUGUAGACUUCAUGAUUUGUGGAUGUUGUCAGGAUUCAGUGAUAAAGAUCUUGUGUUACAUUAAAUAUUAAUAAAAGACAUCUUUGAAUUAUAA